CAAAUAGGAUGAUGCCAAACGUUGAAUGUACCAAAACAUCUUCUCCUACCGAAGAGCUCCCCUUUAAUUUAAGCAAAAAAGAAAAGAAAAGGCGCGCGCGAGUUUAACGGUUGAAAACGAAAGAGUUCAGCUUGUAUUUCGGUGGCUUCUCAACCGGUUUGUGCUGAAUCGGUGACCUCUUUUUUAGGCACACUCCGGCUCUGGCAUUUCAUCGAUCAGUUUCUGCGCAGCUUUUGGAAACGUCGACCAAAUGCGGGAGCUGCGCGGAUCGGUUUGCAGCUGAUUCGGCUGUUCAACAGGGCCCCUCAUUAGCUGGUUUUCCUGGCCAGCUUCCGGUGCCCACAUCUCCGCCGUGAUAAGAUAAGGUAUGGAACCAUUACAAAAGGCAUCAGCUCAGUCAGCUAAACCUAUGGAACCUCAGUAUGACAUUGGUAAUGGCGUAAAGACAUCGACAACUCAGCAACCCGUUGGAGGAACCAAUAUUCUCUCCUCAUGCAAGGAGUUGAGCGGUUCAUUCUCCUCUAAUUGCUCUUCUCCUGACACUCCACUUGAUAGUUCUUUCUCUGAGAGUGAUUCUAUAUAUGAAUUAACUCCUGAGGAAGAUUCUAGCAACUUAUUGACCACAGAAUCACCAUCAACCCAAGUAAUGGAGCGUCCUACGGAUGAGCCACAAAGGAUUCCAUCUUCUUUGUCUGGUAAAGGGAGGUUUAGAAAGGAACUGGGAUGGAGCAUGGGGUCCAAUGAAUCACUAUUCAGUAUCCAGCUGGAUCAUUCAAGUUUUUCUAGAGAUCAAUUCACGUGGGACUCUGAAGAGCUUUGUCAACAUGAAGAAGCUUCUGAGGGCCCCGCUACUGAGGCAAGUUGCUCUCCAGUGAGGCCGUCAUCUAGCCAUAUAACUGAGUUGGCUAGGGGUGGGGGGAUAGAUGCAGCAGAGGCAUCCAUGAGAGAUUUCUUAAGGGACAGUAAAUAUCAAAAUAAUGAAAAAUGUUGUGUUGAGGGGCGGACAUCUCGUUACUCUGAUGAGAGUGGGGCCAGUGGAAGAUCCUUUGCAUUCCCAAUAUUGUCAGGGGACAUAGAUAAAAACACUUCGGCAAAGGUAAGGCCAGACAAAAAGCAGCCACCUCAGUCUUUAAUACUGUCUGAGCAAGAGGGUGAAUCGUUGCAGAACCCUCAAUCUGAGCAGCAAGUGGCUGUUGCACCCAAACAGUGGUUUUCCUGCUUCUUGUGUUGCUCAUUCUGUUCCUAGGAGACUUCUUGGAUACUAUAUUAUGCCUAGAAGAGUUUAAUAAUAUAUAUAUAGUGAAGAUGACUUGAGGCAUUGUGGCUUUGAAGAAGAUCAAAGAGAUGGUGUCAAGUAAAUAGAAAUACAAUAACAUUGCAUCCCUGCUUAUGUCUAGAGUGCAGCUGAUGGCCUUCAUCCACAGUUUUAUGAAGAAAGUUUUGAGGAUGUCAUGCCAGCAUUCUCCGGUUUCAUACGAGUAGGUGGUUAUUUAUCAAGUAUGACUUAUUCGGGAGGAUCCAUAGCUUACUCUGGAGCUCCCCCCAUGUAGGUUAUUUUACUAUGUAAAUUUUACGCUAAAUAACCUUUUGGCUUCCCUUGUUGUCGAACAAAAUUCCGCUAUGAUCACUUCUUAUUUUGGGAAAUGCACUUUAACAUCUUCGUGGUAUUUAAGCAUUACAUUCAUUAUUAAACAAUACU